CACUUACGUCAGCAGACAAAUAUAUUUCACUACUUAAAUUAUUGUUAGUUAUAUAUAUAAUUUAUAUAUAAUUUACAUAAUUUACAUACUUUACAUAAUUUUCAUACUUUGUUAUUAUAGUUAAGAUGGAUGCAUUUGAGGCAGCUACUCAGUUCUCACAAAUCCUUCGGAAUUUAACUCCGUCUAUACAAAAUUUAACUAAAGCAGCUCAUUUUGCCUUACGCAAUUAUGAAAGUGAAGAUUAUUUAUUUCCUACUAUUAUAGAUGUACUUGAAGAUAGAAAUAUUGAAUUAAAUACUAAAUCAAAUAUAUUUCAAUUUAUUGAAAUUUUAGUUAGUGAAUCAUUUUAUUUUUCAAAACAAUCUAAAUAUAAUUAUCCAUAUAUUACCAAUUUAAAAUCUUCAUUACCUAAUAUUCUUUAUCGAGUACUACCUAAUAGUAAUAAUGCUAAUAUUCAUAAUGUUUAUAAUAGUUUAACUAAAAUAUCUAAAUAUUUUAAGAUUGAUUGUAUAAAUUAUAUUAAUAAAUUUAAUAGUGAUUUAUUAACUAAUGAAGAUAUUAGUGAUAUUGAUAGAGAUAUAGAAUUCCCUGAUAUUGAUCUUGAUGAUAUUAAAUCUUCAACUUCUGAUCCAUUACUUGCAGCAUGGGAAUUCCUCAUACAAAAGAAACAUCAAAGUCAAUAUGAAAGAUUAAGAUUACUUAAACAUAAACAAUCUAUAUCAGGAAAUGUAAAUGAAGAUGAUUUAUUCUCUAUAAAGGAGAAGAGUAAUAAAUCUACUAUUUUAUUAUCAAAGAAACAAAUACUAUCACGAAUGGAAGAUGAUCGAGAAUCUCAUAAACGUUCAAAGGAAAGUUUAUGGGUAGUUAAUAGACCUAAAGAUGCUAAUUGGGCUGGGGAAGAUGAAUUUUAUAAUUUAUAUUGGAAUAAAUAUGAAACAUUGAAUGCUGAAGAAGAUAAGGCACUCUUAGAUUCACUUAAUGAAAUGAAUAAGAUAGUAGCUGCUAGCUUUAAGGAUUCUCAAUUUAAAUAAGUUAAUUAAUAUGUAUUCAACAUAGCUAUAUAUAUAUAU